UAGCGGAGGCGCGAUCCGCCGCUGGGCGGAGGGCGCUCCCUGGCCAUGGCGGGCGAGCUGGAGGGCUGCAAGCCCCUGAGCGGGCUGCUGAGCGGCCUGGCGCAGGGCGCCUUCCACGGACACGCGGGGGUCACCGAGGAGCUGCUGCACAGCCAGCUCUACCCGGAAGUGCCCCUGGAGGAGUUCCGCCCCUUCCUGGCGAAGAUGAGGGGCAUUCUUAAGAUGAGGCUCCAAGUUGCAGCUCACCUUGAACUGAAUCACCUUCCCCACGUUCUUGAACUCGGGCAGCACAUCAUGGUAGAAGUCCAGGAACUGCUGUCUAUUGCAUCUGCUGACAUGGAUUUCAACCAGUUAGAGGCCUUCUUGACUGCUCAGACCAAAAAGCAAGGUGGCAUCACCUGUGAGCAAGCUGCAGUCAUUUCCAAGUUUUGGAAGAGCCAUAAGUCAAGAAUCCGAGAGAGCCUCCUGAACCAGAGCCGCUGGGACAACGGACUGCGGGGCCUGAGCUGGAGAGUCGAUGGCAAGUCGCAGUCAAGACACUCGGCUCAAAUACACACCCCUGCUGCCAUUGUAGAGCUGGAAUUCGGGAAAAGUGGACAGGAAUCUGAAUUUCUGUGUCUGGAAUUUGAUGAGGUUAAAGUCAAGCAAGUCCUGACGAGGCUGUCAGAGGUAGAAGACAGCAUCGGCACGCUGAUGCAAGCAGCCUGACGGAGUCCAGCAGGAAGGAGCGUUGAAACGAAGGAGUUGGAGAACCUCGCCACCGACCUUACUUCUAACUCCUGGUUCCAUCGGUGUCACCAGGCCACACUGCACACAUGUACAAAAGUCUCCAAGAACAAAUAAAACGUCUAUUUUAAAAGGUGGCUAAAGAAGAAGAAAGCCUCCAGUUCAAAUCUU